GUUCAAUUUAUCGGAGAUAUUGGGAGAGAUCGAGCAGACGACCUGUUGGCCAAAUAUACAUAUACACACACAUCUACGGAAAAAGAAAGAAGGAUUGUCAUGGCUUCAACCGCUGCUGUGCCGUUUUGGAGAUCAGCCGGGAUGACUUAUAUAUCGUAUUCGAACAUAUGUGCCAGCCUUGUGAGGAACUGUCUCAAGGAACCCUACAAGUCCGAAGCUAUCAGUCGGGAGAAGGUCCAUUUCUCCAGCACCAAAUGGACCGAUGGCAAACCUGAGAAACCUACUAUUCGGUCGGAUUCUCCUGAUGAAUGAAGGCAGGAAGAUGUUACAUUUUGCAAUUUUUACUGAAGUUGAUCAAGGUCAUGCUUGUUGAAUAUUGAGGCCUUGUUUCUUGAAAAAUGUUGGCAAUAAUAAAUUUUUUAGUCAUUUUUGAAUGGAUUUUGUGUGUUACUUUUUCCUAUGUAAAAUUACAAGCAGAUUGCAUUUUGAUGAAAUGCGAGGUUUUCUUUAGUA